AGAAACGCUUGUACAAAUAGAAGUGUCGGCGCUGAAGAAAUAGGUUUUUAUAUUAGGAAAAAUUGUUAAGCCAGUAUAACUCUUGAAGUCCAGUGUAGUAUUUUUUUCAGCAUUUUAGCAAAUAAUUAUCAACAUGAAGGCUCUAAUCCUUGUUGGAGGGUAUGGCACUAGACUUCGUCCUCUCACUCUCAGUCGUCCAAAGCCUCUUGUGGAGUUUGCCAACAAGCCUAUUGUUGUUCAUCAGCUUGAGGCUUUGGUUGCUGCUGGAGUGACACAUGUUGUUCUAGCUGUGAGCUACAGAGCAGAGCAGAUGGAAGCGGAACUUUCUCUAGAAGCUAAAAAGCUUGGAGUCACAGUGAGUUUUUCAGUAGAAGAUGAACCCCUGGGAACUGCAGGUCCUCUCAAACUUGCUGAAAAAGUUCUUGAUGAUGGUUCGGGUGAUCCCUUCUUUGUUCUCAACUCCGAUGUCAUUUGUGACUUCCCAUUCAAAAGAAUGGCAGAUUAUCAUGCAAAGCAUGGGAAGGAAGGUACCAUUGUGGUCACAUGCGUGGAGGAGCCAAGUAAAUAUGGUGUGGUGGUGUAUGAUGAAAACUCUGGAAAAAUAGAAAGAUUUGUUGAGAAACCUCAAGAAUUUGUUUCCAACAAAAUUAAUGCUGGUCUUUAUAUGUUCAAUCCUUCUGUCCUCAAGAGAAUAGAGAGCAGACCAACAAGCAUAGAGAAAGAAGUCUUCCCAUCCAUGGCAGACGAGGGACAGCUGUAUGCUCAGGAUCUCGAUGGCUUCUGGAUGGAUAUUGGUCAGCCUAAGGACUUCUUGAGAGGCUUGUGUCUCUAUCUCUCUUCUUGUGAUGAGUCUUUACUGGCAAAAGGUCCAGGGAUUGUGGGCAAUGUUCUGAUGGACCCAACAGCCAAGAUAGGAACAGGCUGCAGGAUUGGUCCCAAUGUCAGUAUCGGCCCUGGGGUGGUGAUCCAGGACGGUGUGUGCAUCAAGCGCUGCACUAUCAUGAAAGACUCAACCAUCCGCUCACACAGCUGGCUUGAGAAUAGCAUUGUUGGCUGGCGCUGUGAUAUUGGAAAAUGGGUGCGCAUCGAGAAUGUGUCAGUGCUGGGCGAGGACGUGAUCGUACGGGACGAGCUUUACAUCAACGAAGCCAUCGUCCUGCCACACAAGGUCAUCGCUGCCUCCGUUCCAGAGAAGGAGAUCAUCAUGUGAUGCUGCGGUCGAGCUUUCACCAGAAUAGGGCAUAUGAAGACCGCGGAAAUCUUUGACGGUCAAAUAUUAUGGAUCUUUAUUGCCUUCCAAAGGCAGGAGAAAAACGGCAUCUCUGAAAGAAAUUAUCGUUGGCUUAAAAGACGUAAUUUCUUACUACUAAUGUUAACGUCAACUCAGAAUAUCUUGUUUCAAUAAUUGUGUUAUCUACGACUUGUUUUGCUGGGAAGAUUAGAACUGGGUUUAGAGUUUAUUACCAACAUUUUUGGUAUUUGGUCUUUCCUAAGCUGAAAAAAUGAAACAAAUAUUUCGAUUGAGAGGUAUUCAUCAACUAUCUUUAGUUUAGAAUCUCUGAACUUCAAACGUGGUAACAAUUUCAUGUGAUUCCGAAGAUUACAUACGUCAUGAAGACCUGUAGUCUAUUGUUGUCGUGACUUAUUUUGCUAACAUCCAAAACAAAAUGUCUUCAAUGGUGUGGCAUAUUUUUUUAUCAAUUAAUAUAAACUUUGCUCACGGAAUGAAAAUUCUAGUUACUUUUGAGUGUAGAUUUGUUUGAUAAAAUUUCAACUGAAAGACGGCACUACAUGCAUUGUCAAUGGUUUCAAUAAAGUUACCGGUCAUUGUUACUCAAGAUUCAAGACGAUGCUGUGGAUAAUUUUUUGGAAUGUUUGGGACAUCAUCAUCAGUUCAAGUUUCGUGAAAUUUUGUAAACAUAAGUAAACAUGACUUCACAAGAACGAGAGCAGCAGAGCACUGUCAUGUCGAGAAAGAUGCGAAAUUUUGCUGAAACAUGUGCAGUAAAAAUUCCGAUAGACAUCAAACCAUUGAUAUUAAUAUUGGCUGGCAUCACCUAUCUGUAUAAAUUUUGAGAAGUGCCAUGUUCAAGUUGUUAUGUUAGCUAGAACCUACUGUCACUUAUGGUUCCCGUUGUGUUUGUCAUGUACGUUGACUCGUUACCAUGAUAAUUCUUACAUAGUCUGUCUGCUGGUCAGACCUCGUGAGCAAUUGUAGCUAGUGGCGUGUAUUGCGCUACUUCUUUGGUGCCGUGCAAUUCAUGAUGAUGUGCAGAAUUAAAUUUAUACGUGAAUUAUCCCUGCUGGGUCUUAUAAUGAAGAUCGCCAGUGACAUCAUACUUGUUGCUGACUUUGCUGUGCAAAUUACGUACACAUAUGUUGGACCUUGGCAGGAUUAUUUUGUUUUGAUGUGAAUUUAAUUUUAACAUAUUUGAAAUUAUUAACG